GUCCCUAUUUGUUUUUGUUUAUCAUUUAGGUUAUGCCAAUUUGUAAUUAUUCGGCUGUCUUUCAGGAAUUCCAUUAAAAAACCUUUGAAAACGUGCGGAGUGAUGCAUUGACAUUGAGUUUUCUUUCUCACAAGUCCAUCUGAAUGGUUUAAGAUUCAUAAUUCCGGACGGAACAACACGUAAGUGCGCUGUAUUUCAAUAUCAUGGCAUUCACGGGAGAAGUGAUCACCAAUGGUAUUAGUCCAAAAAAAAUUGAGGAUCUUAAUGAGAAAGAGAAUUUAUGGACUGCCAUCUUGUCAGAAGUUCAAACGAAAGGAAGCACAAAACUGCCUUCGAAUAAGUCUAUCCUUGUUUUAGGUGACAAUGAAUCUGGGAAAACCACAGUCAUUGCUAAAUUACAAGGCGUGGAAGAUCCCAAAAAAGGCUAUGGUUUGGAGUAUGCAUACAUUGACGUCCGGGAUGAAUACAGAGAUGAUUCUACUCGAUUAAGUGUUUGGGUAUUAGAUGGGGAACCAUCUCACGCGCAUUUAUUGAAGUUUGCUCUCUCGGAAGAAACUUUUCCCCACACUAUGAUCAUGUUUGUAGUAUCAAUGACAACACCUUGGAACAUAAUGGAGCAACUGGAAAAUUGGGCAACAAUCCUGCAAGACCACAUCGACAAGCUCAAUAUCUCGCCAGAAAAGUUAGAAGAAUAUCGCAAUCAAUGCAUUCAUAAAUGGCAAGAAUACAUAGAGCAUGGAGAAGAUCUAGAGAUUGACUCAGCUUUGAGAAGAACAUCCAGGAACACCGAUGAAGAGCAUAACUAUAGGAAUGAAUCAUUUCCGCUAGGAGAAGGUGUUCUAACUAGAAAUUUAGGUUUAGAUAUAGUUGUUGUAGUCACUAAGACUGAUUGCACUGCAAGUUUAGAACAAGAUCAUGAUUAUCGGGAUGAGCAUUUUGAUUUCAUCCAACAAUGGAUAAGGAAAUUCUGCCUACAGUACGGAGCGGCCCUGUUUUACACCUCAGCAAAAGAAGACAAGAAUUGCGACUUGCUGUACAAAUAUUUAACGCAUCGAAUUUACGGCUUCAGUUUCAGAACUCCAGCUUUAGUUGUCGAAAAAGAUGCUGUUUUCAUACCCUCUGGAUGGGACAAUAUGAAGAAAAUUAGCAUUUUGUACGAAAAUAUGCAAGUUAUGAAACCAGAUGAUUAUUACAGAGAUGUCAUUGUACCACCUCCUCUCAGGAAGGCUGUAACAAGAGCUGUGGAAAUACAAGCUGAAAAUGAGCAAGAUUUUCUGAAUAAACUACUGCAGCAGCUGCAGCAAGGAAAUUUACCAGUCCAGACAGCCGGUUUAAGAGGAGAACCUACCUCUCUAAGAUCUCCAGUGGGAGUUCAAUUAAGCAGUGAUAGGAGGUUGUCAGGCUCUCCAUCGCUCCAGACGCAGCUGAACCUCGGCUCACCGAAGAAGAUCGACCCUAACAAACCAGGAGCAGCUGCAGCAGGAGAGGGUGUCCUAGCUAAUUUCUUCAACUCAUUACUGCAUAAGAAGCAUGGCAGUCCGGGAAUGAACAAGUCACAAAACGAUUACUCGCUGCCAAGCAGUGCUCUUGGUGGAAUGAGUCCUCUAGAGAAAGCAGCUGUUAGAUCAGACGCAGCUGCGGAGUUGGACAGAUUAGCAAGGAAAAAACUCCCCGGAUCGCCCAUUGGAAGUGCAAGCUUGUCACAGUCUUCGUCUCCUGACCAGUCUUUGAAUUCAACCGACUGUUAAAUCUUAUUUCUUUUCUAAGUCAAUUUUUCUACUCUAAUUCUUAACUCGAUUAAUAAUCUACUUUUCUUCAAAAUGAUUCAUCCUGGAGUUUGGUUUUGUUACAGCUGCUUUUUCACAUAUAUAGAGCAUCAAGCAGGUUAAUAUUUGAUCAAAGUUGCAAUUUUAUGCCAAAGUAAGGAGAGCGCUUGAUGCAAUAGCGGCUUUCUUCGCGCCCCCCCCCUCCCCAACUGGAAUUCCUUCAAACUUUG